AUGAAUAAUUUAGUUGGAGGAAUCUAGAAAUAUAAAAUAUCCUAAAUGAAUUCUGAUCUCCCAUUCAUUUAGAAUAGAAAAUAAAUAAGAGCAAUAUCAUUACAACAAAUCUUUGAUAAAGUCAAAUCAAAUUGUAUUUAAGCUGAGUUUAAUCCCUCAAACCUCAAUAAUCUUAACAAUAUUCAUAAAAUUUCAUCAAAUAAGUAUUGAUUCAAUUUUAUUAGUUUGAACUGUGAUAAUCAUCCAUAAACUGAAAGAUUAGAUACUAAAUUAAGAUCUUAAUCAAUGACCAAUCGAUUAUAACGAUCAAAAGGGAGUGAAACAAUACUUACUUAAUUAGAUUCAAAGAAAACAGGUAAUACUAAACAUACUACACAUGUCUCAUAUAACUCAGACACUAAACUUUCAAAAUAAGGUAUUCAUCUAAAAAAAAUUGAAAAUAAUAGAUAAUUCAAUAAUGAUAAGAUUGCUUCUUUAAUUUAAAUAAAACUAAAUAGAUAAUCUGACAGUGAUUAAAAAUUUAAUAAUUUAAUGCAUUCAACAAAUAAUUUGUUAAGUCAAAUAAGUGAAAGAACCAAUCUUAAAAAAAUACAACCAACUAAAUAAAAUAAUAUAGAUAUUAUUAAAUCUGAUGGUCCAUUGUUGAGCUUUAGAUAAUUUGCUAAAUUAUAAGGAUUUAAAUUACCAUCUUUUUUGCAAAUGUGA